AUGGAUGUUGAUUUGUGUCAAGAUGCUGCCGAUAUUUAUCGAAAUGUUCCGAUGUACAUCGUCCACUCAGCUUGGCUUCCCUUCUUUUGGACGGUCAUCGAUAACGUUGAACGGGCAUAUUUGAACCCGCCAUCUGGAGGGGAACGGGUGGCAUAUUGCUCGUCGGUGACGUCAAACACACUAUCGGUGGUGGAUGUGCUCACGCUGGACUUCCCGGCCAGCAUCACAAGUAUCUCGCUCAUGUUUACAGUGCGCUACCUGACACAUAGGAAGUUGAAAGCCCAAGCUGUCGGCAAUUUCAAGAGUCUAACCGUCCGCUACCAACAACAAGAGAUGCUGCGCGCUACACGUACCGUGGUCGCCAUUUCGAUAUUCCACCUAUCCGUCCAUUUCUUCAAUUUUGUGGUUAUUUACAUUGGGAGCCAGUGCACAUGGCAAACGCUAAAAAGCUAUGCGCUCUUCAAGGAGCUGUCAUCGUUAUUUGCUCAACCGAUCUGCAUAUUUUGCCUGCCGUUUCUAUAUUUCUAUUGUUGCCGCGAUUUGUUGCACAUCUUUCCUUGCAUAACCCCUCCAAGCCAAGUCCCAAGUAUCAAUCGGCAGCAGGUCACCUCCCAAGAACAUAUUAAUAUCGUGACGACGAUUUGGGAGAAAACGACGCGCCCAGUACAAGACCGUUCUAUCGUGUAUCGGAUACCGGUUCGUGUUGCUCCCCGGGUUACGUAUCUCGUG